AAAACUGCGAUUGUUCCCGAUGAUAUGAAUACCAGCUCGGUCCGAGUUGGACUGAGUACAGCUGUAGAUCGCUUCACAUCGUCACGGAUAGUGUAAUUGUCUAUUUUCGUGUCGCCAGGAGAUAUACAACCACAGAUACAAUCAAAACAUUUCCAAAUCUGAUCUGAGAGACGAGCAUCUGGAGAGAGGAGAUCCACGCGAGACUAGCUUUUCCAUGCAGUCGUGGCUGGGAUAAAAUGGAUGACAGGAUUGACGGUGUGCGGGUUGGAGAAAACAAAUUCAUCAGCAAGAGCAGCAUUCUCUCUCAUUUAAAGACCUACAAUCUGUACUAUGAAGGAAAGAACCUGCAGCUACGACACCGAGAGGAAGAGGAGGAGCUGAUCAUGGAAGGACUUCUUAAUAUCUCAUGGGGUUUGCGUCGACCAAUCAGGCUUCAGAUGCAGGAUGACCAUGAGCGAAUCAAGCCUCCUCCCUCCUCCACCUCCUGGCACUCGGGCUGUAAUCUAGACAACCAGAGUCAGGAGGCUCAGAAACAGACUCCACAAACUCCACCUCAGAUGGAAGUGACGCCUCCAGAAGAACAAACAAACAAUGGCACAACACAAGACCAUGAGGAAGAAGAUGAAGAAGUGUGUGAUGUCUCCGCUCAGCUUCUCAGAACUAAAAGCGAUGCAGGCGUAUUGAGGCGGGGCCGGAGACGGUCUCCUAGUGACCAGCGGAGAAUCAGACGCCACCGAUUCUCCAUCAACGGUCACUUCUACAACCACAAGACUGCUGUGUUCACUCCUGCAUACGGUUCAGUCACAAACGUGCGGAUCAACAGCUGUAUGACCACGCCACAGGUGCUGCGGGUGCUGCUCAACAAGUUCAAGAUCGAGAACAGUCCUGAUGACUUUGCCCUGUACCUGGUUCAUGCCAGUGGAGAGCGUGUUCAGCUGAAGCGCACCGAUUAUCCAUUAGUAGUGCGAAUCCUUCAGGGACCAUGUGAACACGUCUGCCGGAUCUUCCUCAUGGAGCAGGAUCUAGGAGAGGAGAUUCCUUAUGAAGUGGCACAAUACAUCAAAUUUGAGAUGCCCGUCCUGCAGAGUUUUAUUACUAAACUAAAGGAAGAGGAAGACAGAGAGGUGCAAAAGCUGAAAAGCAGAUACAAGUGUCUGCGGUGUAUCAUUGAGAAGCAGCUGCAGUGUUUGCCUGAGGGAUCCACCUGUAUGUGAGCGGCAUCUUUUUCUAAACACGUUUCACUCCACGUCAAACAGUAGACUUCCAAACUGACUGUCAUCAGCCCUUCCACCCUAAAUACCGUCUCUAAACCACUAAUAUGCAUUGAUAUUUGCUGACCAGUAAAGAAGGAUGGUACAUCUUGUAAUAUAUAUAU